AUGCCAAUUGGAACAUCUCCAUAUAGAUUAGUCUUUGGAAAAGCUUGUUAUUUUCCCGUAGAAUUAGAACAUAAAGCUUUUUGGGCAUUGAAAGCACUGAACUUUGAUUUAACCUCCGCUGGUAAAAAGCGAUUUAUUCAGGUUAAUGAAUUGGAAGAACUGAGAUUGGGAGCCUAUGAAAAUGCUAAAAUUUUUAAAGAAAAAACAAAAAUAUGGCAUGACAAAUUGAUCCGACCAAAGAGUUUCAAAAUUGGAGAUCAGGUACAUCUUUACAAUAGCCGACUCAGGUUAUUCCCAGGAAAAUUAAAAUCUAGGUGGACAGGUCCUUACAAUGUUACAGGUGUUACUCCAUACGGGGCAAUUGAAAUUCAGAAAAAUGGAGGAGACAAGUUUAAGGUUAUUGUACAACUAGAACAUCUCAUGAAGGCCUCUACAAAAACAGAGUCACCUGUGGAGGAGUAA